UAGUGGAACCAACACACCAGGGGACAGCCAUGGCCCUACUUGAUCUUGCCAUGCAAGGAUUCGCUAUCUUCGGAUUUCUGUUAUUUAUUGUUCUUUGGCUCAUGCAUUUCAUGUCCAUCAUCUACGUCCGCCUGCAUCUCAAUAAGAAGACGACCGACAAGCAGCCAUACAGCAAGCUAGCGGGAGUCUCACUGCUGAAGCCCUUAAAAGGAGUGGACCCCAACCUCAUAAACAAUCUGGAGACAUUCUUUGAGCUGGACUAUCCCAAGUAUGAAAUUCUUCUCUGUGUCCAAGACCACGAUGAUCCAGCUAUUGAUGUCUGUAAAAAACUACUGGGAAAAUAUCCCAGUGUGGAUGCCCGAUUAUUUAUAGGAGGUAAGAAAGUUGGCAUCAACCCAAAGAUAAACAACCUCAUGCCAGGUUACGAGGGUGCAAAGUAUGAUCUGGUUUGGAUCUGUGACAGUGGCAUACGGGUGCGCCCAGACACCCUAACAGAUAUGGCUAAUCAGAUGACUGAGAAGGUGGGACUGGUUCACGGCUUGCCUUAUGUCGCGGACAGACAAGGCUUCGCUGCGACGCUCGAGCAGGUGUACUUUGGGACGUCCCACCCUCGCUCUUACAUAUCAGCCAACGUCACCGGGAUUAAGUGUGUGACUGGGAUGUCGUGUCUGAUGAGGAAAGAUGUUCUGGACCAGGCAGGGGGGCUCAUUGCCUUUGCCCAGUACAUUGCUGAAGAUUACUUCAUGGCCAAGGCCAUUGCAGACAGAGGUUGGAAAUUCUCCAUGGCCACGCAGGUAGCCAUGCAGAACUCUGGCUCCUACUCGAUUGCACAGUUCCAGUCUCGCAUGAUCAGGUGGGCCAAACUUCGCAUCAACAUGCUGCCAGCCACCAUUAUUGAACCCAUUUCGGAGUGCUUCGUGGCCAGUCUCAUCAUUGGCUGGGCAGCGCACUACGUGUUCCGCUGGGACAUUAUGGUCUUCUUCAUGUGCCACUGCCUGGCUUGGUUUAUCUCUGAUUACAUCCAGCUCAGAGGAGUCCAGGGUGGGCCACCGUCUUUCUCCAAGCUGGACUACGCUGUGGCAUGGUUCAUCAGGGAGUCCAUGACCAUUCAGAUCUUUCUGUCUGCACUGUGGGACCCCACCAUCAGCUGGAGGACAGGUCGCUACCGCUUACGCUGCGGAGGCACCGCCGAGGAGAUCCUAGAUGUAUAACGACCCAGGGCCACCCCCUAAGACUUUACACACACCCUCACAUACACAUGUAAAAACACAUACACACUGUAUUGCAAGACUGAGACCAGAAAAGAUAUGGGCUAUGAAUGGACAAGGAAUAUCGUCUUGUUUGGAGGGGGGUUUUUUUAUUCUUUUGUUUUUUGUUUGUUUUAGUGAUAAAAAAAGAGAAAAUUUUCAUAGUUUUCAACCCAUGAGAUGAUGAAAUAAGAAAGAGUGUACAGUUGUUUAGUGGUGCUCCAGCUGUUGUCCUCCAUUGUCUUCACUGAGAGUCCCACAGUUCCAAAUGAGCCAAUGGUGAAGGUCGGAUGAAAGAGAAAGACAUUUGUGAUUGGACAGAGCGGAUCCAUUACUGUUGCAUGAAUUAGGGCUGGGUGCUUUGACCAAGACUUAGCACUUCAGUAGACUGAAAGAGAGCCUACAUGAUAAUACUAAAGAGUUUUACUAUUUUUAUGUAACAGUAACACGUACUGUGGUUAUUAACAACACUGUAUCUUUA